AUGGUUAAUGUUCAUACCUCACCCAUUCCAACUGGUAAUAAGAAUAUUCAACAACAAGAGCAAAAACUUUCUGCUUCAAUGGAAAAUAGGCAACAACAAUAUAUUACGACCUUUAAACAUGACAAGGAAAUAAUUCAAAAACAUCAAGAAGCCUAUUACGACUAUGAAGACAACGGAGAGGAAGAAGAAGAUGAAUAUUAUACUGCUCCAGCUUCUGUUUCAUCAAAUCAAAGUCAGGCAGCAGCUAAUGAUACCAACAAUAUUUACUCACCUUCAACAGUCUUGGCCUCUAUUGUACAACAAAAACCAGAUGAUUGUUCUCCAAACAACACCUUUUUCUAUGGACAACAACCAGUCAAUCAACAACAUGACGAUUUAAUGAAUACUUCUGCUGUCAAUAAUAGUAGUAUGAGAGAUGAGGAAGAAUUUUACGUUGACACUUUGGAAAAUCAUCCUUUGGCCAGUGACUCACCCCAAGUUGAACAUUAUAUUGAAGGUGUUCAAUUUUUAUUGCCUGUGAGAUACGAACCUAUUGAAUGUGUCGGUAAAGGUGCAUAUGGUAUUGUUAUUAGUGCUGUUGAUAAGUUGAUGAAUAGAAAAGUGGCUAUUAAGAAGAUUGAAGCUGUUUUCAAGAAGGAAAAGUUCUUCCAAAAGAGAAUUAUGAGAGAAAUUAAAAUUUUAAUUCACUGCAAAGGACACCCAAAUAUAGUAGAAAUUUUAGACUUGGUUCCUCCAGAAUCUUUUGAUGAAUUUGAAGAUAUUUACAUUGUAACUGAAUAUAUGGAUUGUAACUUGCAAGAAUUAUUGAAAUCUGGUCAAAAAUUCAGUGAACAGAAUAUUCAAUACUUUUUAUAUCAAAUGUUGAAGGCUUUAGAUGUCUUGCACAAUUGUGACAUUGUGCAUCGUGACAUUAAGAGCAGUAAUAUUCUCGUAAAUAAUGAUUAUGAAGUUAAAUUCUGUGAUUUUGGACUUUCUAGAGCCAUGAUGAAUGAAAAAAUGUCAACAGACAAUGUGGCAACAAGAUGGUAUAGAUCUCCAGAACUCUUGUUAAAGUAUCACAAGGCAGGUAAACCAAUUGAUGUUUGGAGUUUGGGAUGUGUAUUUGCUGAGCUUUUGUCCACUCCAAAACAACAUGUUUUAUUCCCAGGUGAAAGUCACCUCAACCAAAUUGAUAAGAUUUUGGAUAUUUUGGGAACACCUCUCCCUGAAGAUGUUUUUGGUUGUUUCAAGGCUCAAGUAUACAUGAGUAAUCAACCAUACAGAAAGAGAAAGGACUUUAAGAAGUUAUUCCCUGAUGCAAACCCAGAAGCUUUAGAUCUUUUAGAAAAGAUGCUUGAAUUCUCUCCAGAAAAGAGAAUUACAGUAUCUGAUUCUUUGAGACAGCCAUAUCUCGACAGUAUGGCCAAUCACAUGGAUGAAGAUGAGGAUGCAAACAAUGGAUUUGUAACUAGAGACUUUGAAUACCGAUUUGAUGAAAGUUGGGAAGUUCCUGAAAUUAAGAGAAUGAUGUAUGAAGAAAUUGUUAAUUUUCACAACACCUUUUCGAAAAGAUUUUGA